GCAGGUUAUACACAGAAGAGUACUUUGUAAAUGAGAUGUCUGCUGAGGGGAUCCCAGAGAUGCAGAGAUCAAACCUGGUUUCUUGUGUCAUUCAGUUAAAAGCCUUGGGCAUAGACAAUAUAUUGGGCUUUGAUUGGCCAGCAUCUCCACCGCCUGAAGCAAUGGUCCGAGCACUUGAAGUGCUUUAUUCACUUGGAGUUCUUGAUGAUGAUGCCAAACUUACAUCACCUACUGGGUUUCAAGUUGCAGAGAUUCCUUUGGACCCAAUGAUCUCCAAAAUGAUCUUGGCUUCAAAUGAACUUGGAUGCUCAGAGGAGAUUAUAACAGUUGCUGCGGUUCUCUCCAUCCAAUCUAUAUGGGUUUCUGCUAGGGGAGCACAAAAGGAACUGGAUGAAGCCAAGUUAAGGUUUGCUGCUGCUGAGGGUGACCAUGUCACAUUUCUAAAUGUUUACAAAGGUUUUCUUCAGUCUGGUAAAUCUUCACGGUGGUGUCAUAAGAACUUUGUAAACUACCAGGCCAUGAAAAAAGUUAUUGAAAUUAGAGAACAACUCAGAAGAAUUGCCCAGAGAAUAGGCAUAGUGUUAAAAUCUUGUGAAAGUGAUAUGCAAAUUGUAAGAAAGGCAGUUACUGCAGGAUUUUUCGCCAAUGCAUGCCAUUUAGAAGCAUAUAGUCAAAGUGGGAUGUACAAGACUAUCAGAGGUUCUCAAGAAGUUUAUAUUCAUCCAUCGUCGGUGUUAUUCAGAGUUAAUCCAAAGUGGGUAAUAUACCACUCCCUGGUUUCAACAGACAAACAAUACAUGCGUAAUGUCAUCUCCAUUGAUCCUUCUUGGCUGUUAGAAGCUGCUCCUCAUUUUUACCAGCACCAGCGGCUCAACCCCAUCGCCCACUAACUGGCCUAUUUGUUGUGGAUUAUCAAUACCAUUAACAAUCAUGAUCCCAAGUUUUCGAGAAAUAUCUUGUACAUAUAGAGCAUGGAAUGGAUAAUAGUUCCUGCAUUGUUUAUUGCUCUUCUUGAAGAUUUAAUAGAAUAUUUUUGUUCUUGAUUA